AGAAAUGUAGAGAAACAUAAUAAUUUUUAUUAUGUUUCUAACAUAGUAAACAAUGAAUAACAUAUGAAUCUUAAAAGUCUCAUAUUAAAACUGGGCAAAUCCAAUUCCGUUAAGACAAGUAGCUACAUCCUUUCUUUGUGGUUGCCAAUCCCUUCCAAGAUUUCCCCUUUCCAUCCAUCUUCCCUCCUCUUACUUAUCCCUCUCCUACCUCCUGUCACUGUGAUUUCUCUAUAUUUCGUCUUCCUCCGUCCAAAGAGUCAAUCUUUCUGUCUCGAUCUUCACUCCUCUCACCAAUUGACUUAUAUAUUUAAUUUAUCUGCAAACACAAACUUUCAAAUGCUACCCUCUUAAAAACCUAAGAAGGACUAAUCUUUUCUUCUUUCAAUGGCUCAUCCUUCAACAACUUCAGAGCCCUCUAAUUUGAUUGAUUGUGUGUCAAAAUUGGGUCAUUUUGCUUUGAAUUCUAGUUUUCAGAGUCAUAGCUCAAAUGGGCAUUCCUCAUUUGCUCCUGAUUUUAUGUAUUUUAGUGGUUUAAGCUCUCAAAACAAGUAUAAGUUUGCUAAUUCAUUGGGUUUUAGUAAUGGGGGUUCUAGAUUUAAGAGGGUUUUGAGUGAUUUUAAUAGGGCUAUUAGGCUUCAUUGUGAUAGAAUCCCACUUGGGUUUUCUUCAAUUGGUGUUAAUUCUGGGGAAAGUAAUGGGGUUAGUGAUAAUGAACAUGGAGGUUUGGAGGAUGUUAGAGAGCCUGUCAAUGGGGUUGUUGAGCCUGAAGCUCCUAAAAGAGUGCUUAUUUUGAUGAGUGAUACUGGGGGUGGUCACAGGGCUUCAGCUGAAGCUAUCAAAGCUGCUUUCAAUGAGGAGUUUGGUGAUAAUUAUCAGGUUUUUGUUACAGAUUUGUGGUCUGAACAUACUCCUUGGCCUUUCAAUCAAUUACCAAAGAGUUAUAACUUCUUGGUGAAACAUGGCCCUCUCUGGAAAAUGACGUAUUAUGGUACUGCCCCUCGUGUAAUCCAUCAAUCUAAUUUUGCUGCAACAUCUACAUUUAUAGCACGUGAGGUUGCCAAAGGGUUGAUGAAAUACCAGCCAGAUAUCAUCAUUAGUGUGCAUCCUCUAAUGCAACAUGUUCCACUUCGUAUCUUAAGGUCCAAAGGCCUUCUCCAGAAAAUUAUCUUCACUACUGUGAUUACAGAUCUGAGCACCUGUCAUCCUACAUGGUUUCAUAAGCUUGUGACAAGGUGCUACUGUCCGUCGAAUGAGGUGGCUCGAAGAGCAACAAAAGCUGGUUUGCAGCCUUCUCAAAUUAAGGUUUUUGGACUUCCUGUGCGGCCUUCCUUUGUUAGGCCUGUUCGACCAAAGCCCGAGUUACGGAAGGAGCUGGGAAUGGAUGAGCAUCUUCCUGCUGUUAUGUUGAUGGGUGGAGGAGAAGGCAUGGGACCCAUUGAAGCUACUGCACGGGCUCUUGGAAAUGCAUUAUAUGACUCUAACCUUGAUGAGCCGAUUGGUCAAAUUCUUGUAAUUUGUGGUCACAACAAGAAGCUUGCCGCAAAGCUGAGUUCAAUUGACUGGAAGAUCCCUGUCCAGGUGAAAGGUUUUGUCACAAAAAUGGAGGAGUGCAUGGGUGCUUGUGAUUGUAUUAUAACAAAGGCUGGCCCUGGAACUAUUGCAGAAGCAAUGAUUCGAGGACUACCCAUCAUUCUAAAUGAUUACAUCGCUGGGCAGGAAGCUGGAAACGUGCCUUUUGUUUUAGAGAAUGGUAUUGGAAAAUACUCGAAGCUGCCCAAGGAAAUCGCCAAUAUUGUUGCUCAAUGGUUUGGCCCUAAAUCUCAUGAGUUGCAGAUCAUGUCAGAGAACGCAUUGAAGCACGCAAGGCCAGACGCUGUAUUCAAGAUCGUUCACGAUCUUCAUGAACUCAUCAAACAACGAAGUCUUGUACGCCAAUACGCAUGUGCACCUUGACAUCAAAAAACAGAUAAAAAAAAUACCUGCGCAAGUUGGUAAUUCAGUGGACUGCGGAGUAGAACAUACUCCUGAUUUUUUGAGGUGCUGGGGUUUGAUGAUUCAUUGUUUACCCAAGUGGUGAAUGUAGUGUAGCUUGAAAUUUUAGCAAUUAAUUAAUCAUUUUUUUUGGGAUUGGAGAACUGAGGAGAAGCCAUUGAUAUUCCUCUUUAAUAACUACCAAUACAAUUAUGUUAUGUUUUAGUUGAUGUAGGUUGCAUUGCAUUUGGAGGGUUUGGUGUA